AUGUCUUUUAAACAUGGUUUGGCUAAUAAUAUUUUAUACGAAAAAGGGGCUAGAUUAUCACAAUCUAUUUUAUGUGAAUGUGAAAAGAUAUUUUGUAUAGACAGUAAAACUUUAGAGAAUGGUCGAUGCCAAUCUGUGUUUUUAGAAUCCAAUAGUUUUGGUUAUGAUAUGUGUAUCAGAGUUGCAGGAACAAUCAAUACUACAGCACCAGAACCGUUCUUAGCGUUUGGUUUGGUCUUACCUAAUUAUGACUCUCCUUACUAUCUGGUAGAUCGUUAUGCUACUCCAGUAAAAGUCGAGGACUGUGGUAACGGACUUACACAAAUUAUAGCCGAUGUUAAAACUCAAAUGAUAUUUGAGAAUCCAGUUCAUACAGAUGUCACUGAACUAGACCUUGUUAAUAAAAUGAAACAGGUCGGCGAGGAAGUCAAAUAUUAUGAUGGAGAUAUGAUAUCCACAUUAGAGCGAGAUUGCCCACCUCCGCUUGAAUUUACAGGAGCUCUAGGUCUUGAUUCAUCGUGUAUUGAAAUACCUACAAAACCAUUUCAUUCUAACUUUAAUAUAAAGAUUGGUAUGGACAAAGUAUUGAAGGACAUGAGGUUUAUCCCGUUAAGUAAAUUGUUAACGUGUACCCUGAUUCUCGUCAAUUCAUCUCUAGUGACUCAUGAACCCAGGAUACUGACUCUGUUACAUAAUAAUGUGACUCUCAGUUCGGGAGAGUUUGAAAUCCAGGAUGAUCAGUUUGUAGUUUGUACUGAAGAUUUCCUGUUUGGAACCAGUAUUUUUGAAUGUUCUCCGACUGAUGUACACCAAAAUACAACCAAUGGAACGAGAGACGGGAAUAUUUCAGCAACACCUUUAGGUAUCUUGUCUGUUGUUUGUACCUGUAUUUCUUUAUUAUUUUUAAUCAUAACAUUUGUGUUUUAUUGUACAGUCAAAUAUAUGAGAAAUGUUGUUGGGGUUAACGUUAUGGGGUUAAUUAUAAAUCUAUUUAUAGCUCAAUUAGUCUAUGAAUUUGGAUUAGAACUUUUUGACUAUCCAGUCCUUUGUAAAGCAAUGGGUAUUUCCAUUCACUAUUUUUGGCUUUCGUCAACAUUUUGGAUGAACUGUUGUACCAUAGUUUUGUUUAUGAAAUUAUCUUUCCCAUUACAUUCUCGAGCUUUUACAACUAAAUAUAUUUUACUAAGAAGUAGUUUAUAUUGUACCUUUACACCAUUAGUAAUUGUAGUCAUCACCAUUGUGGUCAAUAUGAGUAAUAAUGGUACAAUAGGCUAUGCUAAUAGGGCAAUAUGUUAUAUGAGUUAUGCUAAUGAUAGACGCUAUGCUUUCGCCCUACCCCUGGGUUUACUGAUUCUCACAAAUAUUGGAUUGUUCAGUUAUACUUUCAUUAAAAUCAGAGUGGAUCAGGUUGAAUCAACCAUAAACAAAGAAAAUAAAAUAAAUAUAUUGGCCUGUUUAAAACUCUCGGUAAUUACAGGUGCUGCUUGGAUUUUUGUCUUUAUUUAUGAAGCGACUGGUGUCAUAGCAUUUGCGUACCUUUUCACAUUAUUAGUGGGAGCACAAGGGGUCGUCAUUUUCUUGACUUUUGUUGUCAAUAAACGUGUUUGUAUGUCUUGUAAGGAUAAAGUUUACGGUACAUCAGACUCUGGUAGUAGUGGUAUAUCCAAACAGAAAAAAUAUUUAGUGAAAUCUACCGGUGAAAGUCCCUUGCCAAGUUUAUCUAAAAGUAAAUCUAGUACUGAUUCAGAUAGGGGCCAAACUGCAAAACUCCGACCACCUUUACCCAACUUCAACGAUGAAGCGGUUUAG